AUGGGUCGUCCAAAGAAGGAGAUUAGUGAAGAAAAAAUAGAACGAUUUCAAAAGGAAUUGGAAGACGCAGGUGAUAACCCUGACGCUCUACUACAAGAUAAGAAGGGCCGUUCUAGGUCAUGUCUUUUAUGUAGAAGAAGGAAACAGAAAUGUGAUCAUAAAUUGCCGAGUUGUACCGCUUGUUUGAAAGCUGCUGUGAAAUGUGUUCAACCAGCAAGAUAUAUAUCCAAAAGUUCAUCUAAUGGCGAUAGCGUUUCCUCAAGGAAAAAUUCACCCUCCAUGUCACAGACUCCCCCGGGUAGUUUCGUGGGAGUAGGCAUAAUAGACAGUAGAGUUGACCAAUCGUCAAGCAAUGGAAAUAGUAACAGUAGCCAUGGCAUAAAUGAUGGAAAAGAUGAAUAUACGGUAUUGUUAGAGAAGAAAUUGAAAUAUUUGGAGAAAUUGGUGGAAUUGACUCCAGGUAGUGCAGCAUAUAAUAAAAAGAUAGCCCAAUAUAAGAAGAUUACUCAUCUGUUGGGAAACAUCGGGGAUCUAGCAUCAGCAACAAACAAUGAAGCAAAUAUAUCAACAACCGUUACAAAUAACAGUAACAAUAAAAAUACUGUCGGUGUACUGCCGCCGCCUCCAUCAUCUUUACCAAGUAAUAUCGGUACAAUUGGGAAUCCGAACUCAUCGCAAAUUGCAGCUCCCGCCCCAAGACUUGCAACCAUACAGCCUCCAACGUCUACUACAACCCAAAUAGGAACAAUAUUGUAUAGUAAUAUCAGUAAUACCAUUGCCAAUAAUGGUUCAAAUACAGCAGCAUCAUUAAUACAGGCACGUCCACUGUCAUCUUCCAUCCCCGCAUUGUCAUCCGAUUCGCUAGAUUCCAUUGAUUUUUCCAAAUGUAUCUUUGCUAAAUAUAAUUUGAAAGAAUUUCUCUCAUAUGAUCCUGCUUUUGAAUUCGACGAACAAUUAUCAAGAUCAUUCCUAGAUACAUUUUUCACAAGGUUACAAUUCAAAUAUCCAUUACUUGAUGAAAAUGAAAUAUAUUCAUUCCAUGAAGCAUAUAUCAACAAUAGAAUAUAUAGAUACCCCCCAAAUGAAUUCCAUUUCAACUGUGGUAGAAUGUGGCUUGUGUAUAGUAUUUCUGCAUGUUUACAUAUGACCACGGGGAAAUAUAAAGGUCAACCUCCAGUUAGAUACUUCUCAACAGCUAUAAGACAUAUCACCCGUUGUGGUUCUCAAUUGACAUCAAUGGAAAAAGUUGAACUAUUAACUUUAUUGGUAUUGUACAUCUUGAGAACAGAUAGAGAUUCAAUGGUAUUAUAUGAAAUUAUUGGGGAUGUCAUGAAAAUUUGUCAAUUAGAUUUAAAAUUAAAUAGAAGAAAUGAUCAUGAUGAUACCGUUUUGGCUAAUAAAAAACUAAGAAUCUUUUGGUGUGUUUAUUUAUUAGAAAGAAUGAUUUGUGUAGCAGUGGGGAAAUCAUACAUAAUUAAAGAAUCUGAUAUUGAUUUACCCUUGUUUGAUGAAUCUUCUUUUAAUACAAGUCAACAUCAAAAGGAACCGCCCUUAUACCAACCACAUGAAAAAGGUACUACUACUACUCACCAUAAGGGUGUCCAUUUCAUUAACCAAUCUUUGAAAUUAAGAAGAAUUGAAUCUCAAUUUGUGGAAGAAUUAGGAAUAUUACCAGAUAAAAAUUUCAACGUAACUACCAAUACAGCUGCUCUCACUACGAACCAUCAUGAUAAAUUUGUCCUAAGGGAACAACUACCAUUAGUUAGGGAUAUUUUCCAAUCAUUAGAGGUUUGGAGAGCAGAAUGUUCAACUGAUCACAUUAGGAAUUUCGAAAAUGAAACAUUGAAAUUAUAUUACUAUCGAUCUGUUCGUCUUUUAAUACAACCAUAUUUAGAAAUAUUAACACCAAAGGAUAGAUUAUUUAGAGAAUGUCAAGCUGCAGCAGGUCAAAUAUGUCAAUUAUACAAGAUUUUCCAUCAAAAGACAGUUACUGGUCAUUCCACACCUGCCGUCCAUACAGUCUUCGUAGCAGGUGUCACUUUGAUUUAUUGUAUGUGGUUAGCAAGGAAUUAUGAUGAUGAAAGAAGGAAAAAACUUGGUGAUGCCUCUAAGCAUACUAGACCUUUAGUUAAUGCAAGUUUAUUCUCCACAAUGGAUGAUUUAAGGGCAUGCUCUGUUUGCUUGUAUGUAAUGACUGAAAGGUCCAAUUUUGCUAGGAUAUUUAGAGAUACCUUUGAUCAAUUGAUGAAUGCAACUGUCGGUAAUUUAAUUGAAAGAUGUGGACCUGAUUCUGCUGAAUUAAUCUAUAUGAAGGCGCAUUUUAGGGGAAAGAAUGAAUUAACAAAUUCAGAAAUGCAUUCUAAAGAUAAUGGAUAUAAUGAAGGUAUGAAUCAAAAUAAUGAUAAUAACAAUAAUAUGAUACAAAAUUCAACUAUGAGAUCUGGUAUGCCACCUGCAAUAAAAAGGACUUUUGGUAAAAGACAAGCAGAAGAACAUUUGGGAUUUGUCGAGAAUUCACAAGUAGACUUAAAAGAGCAAGAAAUAUUUAAAAAGAAACAAGGAUUGUUAGAGAAGACUUCGGUCCCUAGAGGAUUAUCCCAUUUGUUAAGUAGCAAUGAAAACGAAACAACAUAUGUGUCCUCCAAUCAUGACGGAAAUAUGCCAAACAAAAAGCGAAAGAUCAUUUACAAUGUGGAUAAUAAUGAAGCCGAACAAUAUAUAGUCAAGAAACCUACAAAUGGUACAGAAUUUGAUUGGCAAGCCCAAAGACAGGCAUUAUUGCAACAACAAGUUGCCCAACAAAAUUUACAAGCUUAUUUAUCAUCACUAAAUUAUUCAAUAGGUCAAGAUGUCCCAAUUGAUAGUAACACCAUGUUUAGAACGGACAAUAGGAGUGAUGUAGAGAUUAAUAAUCCAACUAUUAGUGAUGGAUUCUUCGAUGCCAUGCAAAAGGGAAAUAUGAUGAAUCACUCCAAUACACUAAAAAUAAAAUUACCAACUAAUCCUAACUUAACUGGUGCCAUUGUUAAUAAUAAUACUAGUUAUUCUGGAUUGUCAGUAUUAGGUACUAAUAAUACCACCCAUAAUUAUAACGAUAAUAUUCAUACAACAAAUGACCAAAAAAAAUCAAAGAUUGAAAGGGAAACGUCAAUAUUGUUUAGUAAUGGUACACACGAUAUGAUCAACAAUAUAUCUACUUGGACUAAUGAUUCAGUUGUUAAUUUGCUAAACAGCGAAGCCAAAAAUCAAAUGAUUGACAUUUAUCCCUCUUCUGCUCCCAAUCCAAACGAGCAUCAAAAUUCAAACCAAAUUCAUAGCAUUAGCAUGAUGAAUCAUGACGGUAACAACGGGGAUAACUUCAUGAGCAACCAUAACAAUACAAAUAGGUCUAGUACUAAUCGCCAAGAUGUUUAUUCACAGAAUGUUAAGGGAGGAACUUUUCUUUCUUUUACCCAAACAGGAAGUGAAAACGUCAAUGUUGCCUUAAGCACCAGCCCUGCUAAUAUGACGUAUCAAAACAACAAUUCAGACAGUAUCAAUAGUACCGGUAGGCUGAAUUACAAUGGACAAAAUGGUGGUAUGAAUACUACUGUCUCUACUGGGGAAUCAAAUUUAAUCUCGUCAGGUCCCGUGGAAGAUUUUUGGACAGUUAACGAUGACUACGGGUUUCUCACUUAA